UUAGUCGGCGAGGAGAAACCAUGGAGGGAAACCGGACUGAAACGAAAUCGAAUGCGCAACAGCGCCACCUACGAGCAGAAACGCCCAGCCCAGCGCCUCCUAAAGGGAAAACGGCAAAGCCUAAAAAACAACACCUUUCAACAAGCUGCCGUUCAUUCAUAGCCAGGACUUGCCAUGGAGGAGACGUUGCAGCAAGAGAUUGAAUAUAAAAGCCAGAAUGAAGAAGACCAAGGCGGGAUCCGUCGCCGAUUGAGGGACAGGGAACUUCUCAAGAGGAGAAGAGCCGAAACGGAGGAGAAGGAGACUUACCAGUGGGUUUUGGGGUUGGAGAGCCUGGGGAAAAAACAAAGGGCUGAACAGAGGAGUGGCACAAAGAGGAGGGGGAGACCCAGGAAGACGGAUUCCACACCGGAAAGUUCUUUCACCCAGGAAUGCGAGGUCGUGGAGCCUGACGCUCCUGCUGUAGUAGUUCUUCCGCAAUCAGGGGAGGUGAUACCAGCGUUGGCAUUAGACUCUCUACUCGCUCUGGCCAGUGGAACUUUGGAACCAGUCUUGAAAUGGUUGCCAAACCCUGUCCUUACUCCAGAUCCCAACGUAGCACUGGUAUCAUCUCCAGAUCUUGUUACGCCUCCCAUCGCAGUUUAUCCAGCUCAAACCCAAGAUUCAUCCACUGCUCCAAAUAUUUUUCCGCCUCCCACUGCAGUUCUUUCAGCUUUGGCCCAAGAUCUGGCCACCGUUUCAGAUCAAACUUCAGCUCCAAAUCUUGCUAUGCCUUCCACCUCAGUUCUUCCAGAUCUGUCCACCGCUCCAGAUCAGGCUUUAGCUCCAGAUUCAGAUCUUGUUCUGCCUCCCACUGUAGUUCCUCUCGCUCCUGCCCAAGACCUGUCCACAGCUCCAGUUCAAUAUUCAGCUCCAGAUGUUGCUCCUGUCUCAGGUCCAUCCCAGGCCCUUGUUACAGAAGCAGUCGGAACGCCUUACAGUGCCCCUCAACAAGUGGAGACCCUGUCCACCAAGACACAAGACAGAGAGAACCUCGAUCUGGUCCUAAAUGAAGACUUGGGCCCAGACGAGUUGGAAAAAGAUGUACCUCUGACUCAGGACAGAACAGCUGAUGCAGGUGAUUGAAUUUGUCUAAGGGGAAAUAGAGACAGUUUAUCUAAUUGCGUAGCAACAUAUUGUCAGUUUUCUUUUCCCACAUAUGAGCGAGAACUCGUCAAAAAAAGAGCCGGAACAAAAUGAGAUAUUCACAAUCCCAUCAUUGCCCUUCCCACCGCAAGACUACCUCCCAGGAAAUUGAUUCGGAUUCUCUUUAACUACUCUUCAGACACUGGCUCAUUACAAGAGGCACAUGGGCUGUUUUUUUUUGUUCCGUUAUUUGCUUUAGUAUUAUUUUUGUUCAAAAUGCAGUGAUGGAUGUUGCACCAGAACAAACAAUAAAUUAAUUGUUCCUCCUAAUAAAACCAAUGACUUUCUCGCCAUUGGCAAGUAUUAUUUUUUAAAAUUGUAUUCGUAUCAAGCUGCAAUAUCAUUGUAAAUGGGGAAUUAUUUUUGUGGGGAUUUUUAAAGCUGUUUCACCCAAUAAAAUAUAUUGCCAAUGUAUCUGGUUAUUCCUAUUCAUUGUUAUGUUAUCUUGGCUAAAAUAAAUGUGUUGAGACUGA